GUGCCUCCUCAUCAGGGUACUUUUAGGGAGAGAAGUUUUGCAGAGCGCAGUGCGACACAGAGUUCUGCACAAGAAACGAGAAAACAAAAGAAACAAACAAACGAGAGGAGGAUUUUUGUUUCUUGAAUUUUCCCUGACUUGAGAAACCUCUACGCAGAACAGUCCCAGCCCCUCCUCACUGUGACCCCCCCUUGUCUGGGAGAGAUGGACCGAUCCGUACAGGAGCUGUUUCUGAACUUCAUGAUCGUGCUGAUCACAGUUCUGCUCAUGUGGCUGCUCGUCAGAUCCUAUCAGGAAGCAUGAACUGCUUGGGCUGGAGUGAGAGCAUGUGGAAAAGCUGGCCGCCGUGAUCAGCACACGCUGAUCGAGCUCCAAAGUUUGUGGUUUAAUUUGCUUACGUUGAUCAUGUGAUCAUGUGAAUAAUAAUUUGACGGUGGCCUUAAACUACUUGCUUUUGUUUACUUUUGCACAACAUGUGAACAUGUGCAUUUCCAAACAUGUGUUAACUUUAUAAACUUAAGUUUAAGUGUAUUUACCUUUUCAAAGUUGUGCUUUCCAAUAAAGUUGGAAUAUAUCUGAUG